ACUGCAGAAGUCCAAUUGGAAUUUUUCAGUGUAGUCGACUUUUUUCGGUGCGCAUUAGAAAAUCGUGUAACUAGCCAGUUUCAUAGAAAAAAUAUCCGAAAAAUGUCCGGAAAAGAUAGGUUACCGAUUUUCCCGUCCCGUGGUGCUCAGAUGUUGAUGAAGGCACGUCUGGCGGGCGCACAAAAGGGCCAUGGACUCCUGAAAAAGAAGGCUGAUGCCCUGCAGAUGCGUUUUCGCAUGAUUUUGGGCAAAAUCAUAGAGACCAAGACCCUAAUGGGCGAAGUUAUGAAAGAAGCCGCCUUUUCGCUGGCCGAGGCCAAGUUCACGUCGGGUGAUAUCAACCAGGUGGUGCUCCAGAAUGUGACCAAAGCGCAAAUAAAGAUUCGCACCAAGAAGGACAACGUAGCUGGUGUCACGCUGCCCGUUUUUGAGUCAUACACGGAUGGCGCCGAUACCUACGAACUGGCUGGUCUGGCCCGUGGUGGUCAGCAGCUGGCCAAGUUGAAGAAGAACUACCAGAGCGCUGUGAAGCUCCUCGUCGAGCUGGCCUCGCUGCAAACGUCAUUCGUCACGCUGGACGAGGUCAUCAAGAUCACCAAUCGCCGUGUGAACGCCAUCGAGCACGUCAUUAUCCCUCGCAUUGAACGCACCCUGGCCUACAUCAUCUCCGAGCUGGACGAGCUGGAGCGUGAGGAGUUCUAUCGCCUCAAGAAAAUCCAGGACAAGAAGCGCGAGGCACGCAUCAAGAAUGACGCCAGAAAGGCGGAGCUACUGAAGCAGGGCAUUGAUGUACGCCAACAAGUCAAUAUUCUCGAUGAGGGCGACGAUGAUGUGCUCUUCUAAGUAUUAUCCGAUCUGUGUGUAUAUUCCAGCAAUAUUAUUGUUAAACUAUUGUUCUGUUCCAUUUCGCAAUUCGCAAAAAGCAAACCACAAACUAAUGUAUGUAGUCUAUUCCAAUAAGAAAAAUGUAUGUAUUCCAUUUUUGUAGUGCAGUGUCAGAGCUGCGCCAAUCCUGCAUUAAAGUUUUGUUGUUCCAUAGAA